UCAUUGUCAGGAGAGUUGCAGUGCGAGCAGGAGGGAGAGAACGCUGGUACAGGUACAAGAGCAGCAGCUGCUGCUGCAAUUCAGCCACAGCAUCACAGAAAACACACUCUGCUACACUCAGUGGAAAAAAUGAUGGAAUCAAACCGAGUAAACUUCUCACCAGGAAGAAGUCCUCCUCUCAGAGAUGAACUUAGACAAGCAUCGCAGCACAGUUUCUACCUGAGCCCACCUCCGCUCUAUGUCAAGCCCCCGAAAUUCUCCCCUCCCAGAUACCCCAGCUUAUCACCCACCAGAGACACCUACAGCGUGUUCAGCCCACCUACUUUCUUUCCCAUGUUCGGCCCCAGUUACACCCAGAGGGAGGGAUCCCAAAAACGUAAAAGAGCUCCUUUCAAAAUAGACGCCCAAGGAGGUGAAUCUCCUGACAGAGGAGCCGAGGAGGCAGAAGAAGGCAGCAAAAAGAAGACGGUAGACCUCUCCCACAUCCCCUUCUCGCUCCCACCUCAUCCCAUUUCUUCGCCAUCUCCAAAACCCCUUCCUGGUAUGAUCGAGCUCAACAGACUGCAGCUUCAUCACAGAUCACCGGGUAUGAAUCUACCUGUGCAGGUGAAACAGGAGCCUCUCAGUCCUUCCCCUGUGUGGCCUCCCUCUCCUCUCCUUCUCCAUCCUCCAUACUUUCCACCUCUCCACCACAGCCUCCUCCCAUACCCCUUCUUCAUGCCUGGGCCUGUCAUGCACCUCUCCCCUGGUGCUUUCUUCCCUAGAGAGGACCUCCGACCUAAUCAUCGUACCCGUGACAGGGCUCCUCGAAGUGGGACAACCACCGCUGAGAAGCUUGGACUCAACAUCCAUGUAGACGACAGCUAUUAUGUUGAUGUUGGAGGUGACCAGAAGCGAUGGAAGUGUCGUAUGUGUGACAAGUCCUACACCUCCAAGUACAACCUGGUCACGCAUAUCCUGGGCCACAACGGCAUCAAGCCACAUGGAUGCCACCUGUGUGGGAAGCUUUUCAAGCAGCUGAGUCACCUGCACACACACCUGCUCACCCACCAGGGUAUGAGGCCCCACAAGUGCCAGGUGUGCCACAAGGCCUUCACCCAGACCAGCCACCUGAAGAGACACAUGAUGCAACACAGUGAUGUGAAGCCAUACAGCUGCGGUGUGUGUAGUCGAGGCUUCGCUUACCCCAGUGAGCUUCGUGCCCACGAGCUGAAGCAUGAAAAAGGCCAGGAGAACGUGUGUGUGGAGUGUGGUCUGGACUUCCCCACACUGGCCCAGCUGAAGAGGCACCUGACCGCUCAUCGUGGCCCCACCCUGUACAGGUGUGCGGAGUGCCAGAAGACUUUCCAGUACCCGAGUCAACUUCAGAACCACAUGAUGAAACACAAAGACAUCAGACCGUACAUCUGCAGUGAGUGUGGGAUGGAGUUCAUCCAGUCACACCACCUGAAACAGCACACGCUCACUCACAAAGGUGUGAAAGAGCAUAAGUGUCGCAUCUGUGGUCGUGAGUUCACCCUGUUGGCUAACAUGAAGCGCCAUGUCCUCAUCCACACCAACAUACGGGCCUACCAGUGCCACAUGUGCUUCAAGAGUUUCGUCCAAAAACAGACUCUCAAGGCUCACAUGAUCGUCCACUCGGACAUCAAACCCUAUAAAUGCAAGCUUUGUGGGAAGGAGUUCAACAGAAUGCAUAAUCUAAUGGGUCACAUGCAUCUCCACUCAGAUAGCAAACCCUUCAAAUGCCUCUACUGCCCAAGCAAGUUCACCCUGAAGGGAAACCUCACCAGACACAUGAAGGUGAAACACGGCGUCAUGGACAGAGGGCUGGAUGAAAGAUUGUUUAGGCAAAGGGGGCGAUUCUGCCUCACCACUCCAAUGGGCCUCCUCACUCACUUCAGCCAAGAGGAGCCCUUUGACCUUUCCCAGAAGACACCGGGCCUGCCCAGCCUCCGUCUUUCCCAGUCUGAUGGCGAGAGUGUCCCGGGAAGCUCGUGUCAGGAGGAGGAUGAGGAGAGUUUGUACAGAAGGAGCCAGUACAGCCCUGAGGUGGACCAACAUGGGAUGGACCAACCAGCAGGCGAGGACCAAUACAUCCCUGAGCUGGAGGAGAGAGGACAGGGAUCUCCUGAUGAACUAAGGCCAGGCAAGAAACAGAAUCAGGCGUACCAGCAAAGUUUAGAUGAUGAGACAGUUGAGAGGGAGUCAGCAGCAGAAGGACAAUCUUUAGAUCCCAGAGGUGCCCAGGUGAACCUCUUGCAGUCUGAGAUGUCCUAUGAAUCUGAUGUAGAGCAAGGCGAGCAGGCGUACCACCAUGAAACAGGGCGUAGACAGUCGCAUGAUUAUGACUCUGACUCAGAGUUUGAAGAUGAUCACCGAGAGCUAGAUGAGCCAGAGCAAAGCGAACAGCAGUUGGAUUGCUAUUUUGAGGCAGCCAUCGAUGUGGCAGAGAACAACCAGAGCAGUUUGGAGAGAGGUGAAAUAGCGCACCUCUCGCACAAAAGUGAAUUAACGGGUCCACGGGAUGAAGAAGAAAGCAAAUAAUGAGUAAAACUCAGUGGAAGAAUGGGAAGAAGAUGCAAGUUUUGGAGUAUGCUGAUGUUUUCUUGACAGGAAAAUGGACAGGAUGUUCAGGAGACACUCCCUGAGGAGAGAGGAAAGUGUGUCGGUCUCGAAAUAAAACUGAUUAUGGACGAUUUGGUUUAGUAGCUUAGCACAAAAAAGGAAAGAUGAAUAUAUCAUGUUUGUUAACAGGAAAAAAAAACAAAAAUGAAAUAACUGAAAUACAAAGCUGUGAAGCAUACUGCAUGUACAGAACAUAUCAUGCACUGAUAAGCAGUCCCUGACAGGAGGUUAAUGUGGAUUCAUAAGUGGCAAAGUAAGAUAAGAAUGUAGCUUCUCUGAAAAUGAAAUGCAAAAGGAUAUUAAUAUUUUUGUUUUUUAAAAAUCAUUUUGCAAUGCUAACUCAAACAUGCAAUUUUGCUUUAACUUUGACUCUCUUUUUGUGUAAAUCUGUGAUAUCAAAAUCAACAUUAGAUUUUGCUAAAACCAUCGUUCAUGUUAUUUUUGUUUAUUUGUGGGACAUUGCACUCAAAGUAAACAACAGAAUUACUGGGUGUAAUGAUGUUGUUUUUGACAUAUGACAAAGCUUGACGUUGUGUUUUCGUGCAGUAAACUGUGAUUUUGUAUUAUUUUUAUGUCUAAUGUGUAGAUUUUUUUUUAAUCUAUAUGACUCUGUUGGUUCAAUUUCUGGUGAAUGGCUUUUUUUUAUUGUAUGGCAGUGUAAU